CCUCUGUUUCUUUAAAGAAGAAGGAGAAAAAGGGAAACUUUUCAUACAUUCUUGUUGUUGUUGUUCUUCUUCUUCUCUCAAAACUUUCCAGCAAUCCAACAGUUGUCUUUUGAUUCCUUAAUGAGAAGCUCCACGUCCAUGGCGGCUGCUUCUUCUUUCUCUGCAGCAUUCUACUCUGGGAUUCCAUUGAUAGACCUCUCUGCACCAGAUGCUAAACAACUCAUUGUCAAAGCUUGUGAAGAACUCGGAUUCUUUAAGGUUGUCAAACAUGGUGUCCCCAUGGAAUUAAUCUCCUCUCUUGAAUCAGAAUCCACCAAAUUCUUCUCCCUUCCCCUCUCUGAAAAACAGAGAGCUGGCCCUCCUUCCCCUUUUGGCUAUGGAAACAAACAAAUUGGCCGCAAUGGCGAUGUCGGUUGGGUUGAAUAUCUCCUCUUGAACACUCAUCUCGAAUCCAACUCCGAUGGGUUCCUCUCCAUUUUCGGCCAAGACCCACAAAAACUCCGCUCUGCUGUGAACGAUUACAUCUCGGCUGUGAGGAACAUGGCGGGUGAAAUCCUCGAGCUAAUGGCGGAAGGGUUGAAGAUUCAACAACGAAACGUGUUCAGUAAGCUCGUGAUGGAUGAACAGAGCGACUCUGUUUUCAGAGUGAACCAUUAUCCGCCAUGUCCAGACCUUCAAGCUUUAAAAGGAACAAACAUGAUUGGAUUUGGAGAACACACAGACCCUCAAAUCAUUUCAGUUUUGAGAUCAAACAACACUUCUGGAUUUCAAAUCUCUCUCGCAGAUGGGAAUUGGAUAUCUGUUCCUCCCGAUCACAGCUCCUUCUUCAUCAAUGUUGGUGACUCUUUACAGGUGAUGACUAAUGGAAGAUUCAAAAGUGUGAAGCAUAGGGUUUUGACAAACAGCUCGAAGUCAAGGGUUUCAAUGAUCUACUUCGGUGGGCCACCGUUGAGUGAAAAGAUAGCUCCUUUAGCUUCCCUUAUGCAAGGAGAAGAAAGAAGUUUGUACAAAGAGUUUACAUGGUUUGAGUACAAAAGAUCAGCUUACAACUCCAGGUUGGCUGACAACAGGCUUGUGCCCUUUGAAAGAAUUGCAGCCUCAUAAUCUUUAUCCAAAAUUAGGGUCGGAGAUGUUCGGAUAGUAGUUCGGUUCAACAACGUAUGAACGUGUCGAGAUGAACUUUCGGUCUCUAACUGUUAGCUUUUGGAUAGUUUAGUUCAACGAUAAAUAGAGGUGACAGGAUUCGAACAUCUGAUCUGUUAGUUAGUUAACUAAUCAGUGAGUGUUUUUCUUUUUAGUUUGUUAUCCGUGUAGUCUUCUUAAUACAAAAGGUAUUACUGUUUUUUCUUUUGGGUAUUAUGAGUUGUCAAAAAUAGUACAACACGUUGGUGUUUGUAAGAAACGUGGGAGUUCUCGAAAAGAAGGGUUGUUGUCUCGAGAUGUAUAUUUGUGAGAAACGAGGAUGUGUAAGUAAUAGCCAAUGUGUGUUGUCAAAAUUUGUCUGAA